ACUAAGUGUUAGGUACUUCAAAGUUGCAAGUCGCAAGUCAGGAUGACCUCAGGUACCUACGCCUAAGUUACACAGCCAAGAUGCACCAAGCCACAAGCAUGUACCUAAAGGUAUAUAUCAGCGCUGAAUGGUACUUCACUUAUACGCGUGGACUCCGCCUCCGCCACGAAGCUAGUUAACGUUUAUACUCGAAUGGAAGGCAGUUUCUUUGUUGAAGCUGGCCCUAUUACGACAUUUAUCGGAAAUCUACCCGGAAGCUAUCAUUCACUGCCUCAGUAACGUGUGAGGUGUGAGGCGCAAGCUCUAGGUAGCAAGCUGAAAUAAAUACCUAGGUAGGCUUAGGUACCUACGUCUCUUAAGAGUCAUUGCUAUGUACCCAGCCUAAGGUAGUCACUAUCAUCUUAUUUUUCAUAUAUUUAUCGCUUAGCAACCUGUAUUACUUCAUUCCUCCUCCCUUCGUCUACUCCGCUUUUGAACUACGUUUUCAAAUUCUGUACAUUCUCAACAUCAAGCACACGCAAAUUUUCUAAACAACAAUCAGUUAUAGUCUUUUAAUUACCCUAUAAAGAAAUAUUCUCAGAUCAAAGACCAAGUGAUAGGCAAACUCUGAGCAUGUCGUACCCUUAUGGCCAACCGGGUUAUCCCGGCCAAUACCCUCCUCCGGGUCAGUAUCCUCCUCCGGGCCAACCACAGCCAUAUCCUCCGGGCCAAUGGUCGGCGCCCCCUCCUUCUCAGGGGUAUAAUCAACCUCCUCCUCAAGGUUAUUAUCAGCCUGCCCCUCCUCCUGGCCCUCCUGGCCCUCCUCAGGGUUAUAAUCAAUACGGGCGCCCUCCUGGUCCUCCUGGUCCUCCUCAAGGGUAUAAUCAAUAUCCCCAAGGCCAAUAUCCCCCUGCGCAACCCCCGUAUGGUCAGCCUUACCCCCCAGCACCCAUAGGGCCGCCUACACCUCACAGUCUAGGAUAUGGGCCACUACCGCAAAUUCAAUGGGAUGCAACUCCUGACGCGCGGAUACUGAGGGGCGCCAUGAAAGGUUUCGGCACAGACGAAAAGGCGUUGAUUCGUGUACUAUCUUCUAAAGAUCCCAUACAGAUUGAGGCUAUCAAAGCAGCUUACUUCCGGGAUUUUAGCCGCACGCUCGAGAAGGAUAUAAUAUCAGAGACGAGAGGAUGGUUCGAGACAGGACUAGUCGCGGUUGUCAGGGGACCCUUACUCCACGAUGUGCAUCUCUUGCAUUCAGCAAUGGAUGGGCCCGGGACCAAGGAAAAGAUCCUCAACGACGUCUUGCUAAGUCGCAGUAACGCGGAUAUGAAUGCCAUCAAGAGUAUGUACCAACAAACCUUCCGUCGGUCGCUAGAGAGCGACGUGAAAGGAGAUCUCAGCAUGAAGACCGAAAGACAUUUCAUGAUCGUACUGGGCGCAAACAGGGCUGAGGACAGUGCUCCGGUCAUCCCCCAAGCUAUCGAUCAGGAUGUCAUGGAAUUAUAUCGCGCUACAGAGGGCAAAGUCGGUACGGAUGAAAUGAUGGUGUGCUCGAUACUAUCUACGAGAAACGACAAUCAAAUACGGGCUAUUAAUCAUGCCUACGAGCAAAAGUUCAGACGACGAUUAGAGGAUGUAAUAAGAAAGGAGUUUAGUGGGCAUAUGGAGGAAGCUCUACUAUAUCAGCUGCGGAACGCCAUCGACAAAUACAUGCAUGCGGCCGCUUUACUCGAAGACGCAAUGGCAGGCUUAGGUACGAAGGAUCACCUAUUAAUCUCGAGAGUAGUCCGAUACCACUGGGACAAGCAGAUGAUGGCAAAUGUCAAGGGCGCAUAUCAGCAGCGUUAUCGUCGAAGUCUUGCCGGUCGCAUUAAAGGCGAAACAAGCGGGGAUUACGAGAGGCUUAUGCUAGGUUGUCUUGGGGAGCCGGUCUAAAUGCACGUUAAGGGGGCCUUUCAUGCUUUUUUUUUUUUUUU